AGCUGGGUGUGGGGCGUGGGGCGUGGGGCGGACGGAGCAAGGAGUUUCCCUUAACUGGGUCGCUGGCGAGGCGGCUGAGAAAGUUUCAACAAACAGCCCCCGGGGAAGGAGGGAGUCGAGCUGAGCCGAUCUGCUCCGAACCGAGGGAAAAAGGGAGGGGUGUAAAAUUAUAGUAUUUGCAUUUUGCACUCGCUGCCAGUUUGCAACUGUGUCUCUCUCUCGCUCUCUCUCUGUGUCUCCCGAGCUCAGAAGUUGCAGGAGAGUUAAGAGGGGCUGUAAAGUUUGUGUAGCCCGUCCGAGAUGGGAGAAGACGGAGUGCAAGCCGAAAAAAGCAGCAGCGAGGCGGUGCAGGGAGGCCCAGAGCCCAGCCCGCCGUCCAGUCCCGGGCCGAGCCCGGGCUCCAGCGUGCCUCCCAGCCCGGCUCCGGGCUCGCUGCCGGUCGAGACCGUGCGGGAAGGCUCGCAGGUCAACGCCAUCACCGUGCUGGCGCUGCUCGACAAACUGGUCAACAUGUUGGACACGGUGCAGGACAACCAGAGGAAGAUGGAGCAGAGGCAGAUCGGCGUGGAGAGCUCGGUGCGGGGCAUCCAGAGCGACCUGACCAAACUGUCCAAGACUCACAGCACCACCAGCAACACGGUGAACAAGUUGCUGGACAAGUCGCGCAAAGUCAGCACCAAUGUGAAGGAGAUGCGGGAACGCCUGGACAAGCAGACGGGGCAGGUGAAGAAGCUGGAGAAUAACCAGGCGCAGCUGCUGAAGAAGAACAACUUCAGAGUCCUGAUCUUCCAGGAUGAAGCAGAGAUACCAGCCAGCGUAUUUGACAGGCCCAAAAUCGAGGCGGUAGAGGAAGAAUGUGCAGAUGAAAACAAAGACGUGGAGGUUUCCCACCCGUCCCUGGAGCUCUCUUCUGAUGAAGACAUCCGUGACCUGGAGGACAAUGAGGAAUUGCACGACGAGGAGAAAUUGGAGAAGCUGGAGCAUUCCAGGGCUUCGAAGAUCAAGAGGUCAAGUCUGAAGAAAGUUGACAGCAUCAAGAAGGCGUUCACCCGCGAGAAUAUUGAGAAGAGGAUGAAUAAAUUUAGCACAAAGAUAGUGUCUACAGAAAGACGGGAGAAGAUUAAGAAGUCACUCAGCCCAACUCAACAGAAGCCCCAGUCGGGCAAGUCCUCCAGCUUUAAAGUGGCGCCCAUGACGUUCAAGGUCAAAAAGCAUAAGAAUGGGGAGACUCCUCCACAAAGCCCCAGUGAAGCGGUGGUCACGUUGGAAGCCGAUGGAUCAAGCCCCGUUAUAGGUGACGUGCAUCCCGAAGUGCACUUGGAAAUUUCCCCUGGCAUGUUGGGCACCGAGGAAGUUGAAGAGUUGCCGGAGAAGGCGGAAGAUGAAAUGAAGGAGGUGGACCUCCAUGCAGAAAGCUGUAAGAAUCAGGCUAUUGUGAUGAAAGCGGAGAGUAUGGAGUAUCCUGGCGUCCUGCUCGAGACCCUCCCUGAAGACCAAAAAGAAGGCAGAGCAAGACCCCCGGCGAACACCAUCGAGCUGCACAUUGAUGAGCCGAACGAGCCUGCUGUCUUGCAGGUACAGCAAACAGCGUAACUGUCUCUCCCCCACCUUGCCCACCCCUGGAGAGUUGCCCAGUCAACCUCCCCCUUUAUUUACAAAUGUCCUGCUUGUGAUAGUUAUUAUUAGUGAAUGUAACUCGACUGCAAGUUCACCACUUGGCUAAGAGGGGUGGAAGGAUGUUGAAAUAGGGACAGUGAAUGUGACAAAAGGUUAAAGAUAGAAUAUUAGAGUGGGAUAUGCAGAAAAUGCAGAGGGAUAUGUUUAUAACAUUUGUACAAUUGGGGCGCAAACACUGGAGGCUUUGGCAUCCCCAAAACUUUGAUUGUGUUGCUUGGAUUUUGUACUUAUAGGGAUGAGUGAAAGCUGGAGAACUUUAUAUUAAUUAUUUGAUAUGUAUUUGUUUUAUGCAUUCAACUGCUCUGUUUUUUAAAUCAUAUCUGUAAACUAUGUACAUGUCAAUUCCGUAACAAAAAAAAUAAAAUGGAAAGGAGUUGUUGUUAAGAUUGAUAAACUUGGGAAACUUUGACUAAAAAGGAAGUGCAUUGUACUUUGAGUCCCUAAACAGUUCAGCUAUGCUGGUGCCAAAUGUUUGUUUCACAGCUGUGUAACCUUGAUGAAUUCUCACUUCCUUCACCUUGUAUUGCUUGCUGAGGCAAAGGUUAAUGAAAUGAAUUACCACAGUGUAACUGUACCUCUUUAAUUGUCUUCACAUACUAUAUGCUGCCUGGUGAACACUCUUCCUGUUCUUCCUGUUUGUAUUCAACCCAAUUAAAGCAACAAAAAAAAAGAGAUUAUAUUUGUAGCCAAGCUUGAAAAAUAAAUAAAAAGCAAUUGAAAGUG